AUGUCAUCAAAGAGGGUCUUUCCCCUCAAGCAGCCAUACAAAAACACCUUUCCCACAACGCUCGUCACUUCCACCACCCAUAUGAUCGACCGCGUUCCCACCCCUGUGCCCGCCAGCUACCAGCAGAGGCGCCAUUCAGACGAUGACCGCCUGCACCUCGACUCCCUCUGCUUUUCAUCGUGCCAUCUUUCUCCCCCCCACGUCCAGUCCCUACAUUUCAAAAUGACACCUCUCCCCACACCCACCCCUCCCUCGCUGCUCAAGCGGGCCAAGUCGCUUGAGCAAGCCCGUCCUCGGCGUCAUGUCCACUCCCAACCACAAUCUCCCCCAGCCCAUUCCCAUUCCUUGCCCCCAUCCCAUCACCAUCAUGUGUCUGGCUUGCACCACACAUCGCAACCUCUCCAUCAUACAACCGCCACCACCGCGGCCGCCCCUCCGUCCGCGCUCGCUUCCGCCACGCGUCGGCACACCACAACUACCUGUGAUAUCCCUCCCUUGCCUCACCAGCGCCAGAGAUCAUCAUCUCUGAUAUCCGUGUCAUCUAUCCCCUCUCCUCCACUACCGUUGACCCCUGGUCUGGAUAUCCUACCAGAGUUGGCGGACGAAUCUUUCGAGCUUUUCCCUCCGGCAGCCAGGUCGGCGGUUGAGAGGGCGUCCGUCAUGGCCGACGGAUACCCAUUUCCCCAUGAUCCUUAUCCUGGGGGCAUAUCGCUAGGCGAGGGGGCGACGGAGAUGGAGGCGGUUGAUAAGAAGAGGUCGGCUGCCGGAAAGCGGCGGACAACCGGAGGGUGGGAUGUUGAGAAGCCAAAAGUCUGCUGA